UCCAAAGUUCGAGAACGCAGCCGAGAUUUUUUUCUCAAAAGAACCCCUGUUAGUGCUUUUCAAUUGAUAGAGUAUGAGCUCAGCUUCAUGUAUGAGGUUCUCCAUACCAAGGUGGUUGUGGCUCGUCACAAAGUUGGGUACAUUCUCCGCUUAAUUACCUUCUGUUCAACCAUUGGUGCCUUGAUGUUAUUUGCUUUAGUUGGAAAACAUAAGUUUGAUAAGUUUGACAUUGCUCUUACCUAUGCUUUGCUUAUUGGGGCCAUAAUCCUGGACACCCUGUCUGUGUUGAAGCUCAUUUGUUCAUACUGGACAGUCAUUGCCUUCAACAACAUCUGGAGCAGAACAUAUAUUGGUGCAUUGAUAUUGAAACUGAAAAGAGGAAGGUGGUCUGGAUUGGUGUCCAAGUAUAAUAUGAUAAGCAAUUGCCUGGAUGAGCCUCCAGAAUGGGUGUACACUUUUGCUGGUUAUGUGGGCGUUAGAGGAAUUCUAGAUAAAAUAAAAGUCUGCUUUUUUUCAACCUCAGAGGCAGUCACUGAAGAUGUCAAGGAAUUUUUGUUCGAGCAGCUGAGGAUAAAAUCUUUGGAAGCAAACAACAGAAGAGCUGCCAUGGAGGCAUCUUCACAAAGAGGUGACUGGGCUCUCCUGCAGACUUCAAACUAUCUGAAACUCAAAUGGAGUGUAGGGGAAUAUCAAUAUGCAGAAAGUGUUCUUCUGUGGCACAUAGCAACAGAACUCUACUUUGCGAAAACGGAGCAAGACGCUGAUAACGAAAGAAGAAAAAUUUGCAAACUACUUUCAGAUUAUAUGUUUUAUCUUCUGGUGAUGCAGCAUAAUAUGAUGGCCCCAUUUUUGGGGAAUUGGCAUAUAGUCUUCCAGGACACACGUGCAGAGGCCAAGAGGUUCUUUUUCAAGCACUCAAGAACUGAUCAUCGGGAAGCUUGUGAAAAGAUUAAUGCUGUGGAAGCCAAAUUCAGAUCAGCCGCUGUGAAGGGUAAAAGCAAAUCUGUGUUGUUCGAUGCAUGUUUCCUAGUAAAACAGCUUGAAAAGGUCGAGGCAGACCAAUGGGAGCUAAUGAGCCGAGUGUGGGUGGAAUUAUUGUCCUACGCUUCCAUUAAAUGUAGACCAAUUGUGCAUGCUCAGCAACCAAGUAGGGGUGGAGAACUUCUGACUUUCACUUGGCUACUGAUGAAUCAUCUGGGCUUGGGAACACAAUUCUAUGAGCUGGAAAACCAACCUGGAAUGAAAAGGGUGGCAGUUAAGUAAAGGAACCAAAUGAAAAUCAUCUGGGCUUGGCUCUUCAUUUCUUUAGAAGGGGAUGGUUGAAAUGAAUCACAACUUCGUUGCAGUUUAUUUUCUUGAUAUUUUGGUCCCUUUGGAACCAAAUGAACUUCUUGUUAAUUUCAAUUUAAAUGAUACAACUCUUCAUUAUUACUUCAUUUCAAUUUCACAGAAAGACUAUUAUUUACUCACCCACCCAAAUGAAUUCCACAAACCAAAUU